AAGGGUGAUGUAGCUGGGGCUUUGCCGGCCUCACUAUGUCUGCCAUUUUCAACUUUCAGAGUCUGUUGACUGUAAUCUUGCUGCUUCUAUGUACCUGUACUUAAAUCUGAUCCUUGGCACCCAGACUACUGGAGAGAAAUAAAACUGGAUUGUUGGGUAUACUUUGGAAGUGUGCUAGAAUUGAUGAACAGAAGAGUCCUUAUGUUGCAGUAUGCUGUGUUGUGAUGGCCUUCAGCAUCCUCUUCAUACAGUAGUUUGGAAAAAUGUCAGAAUUCAGUUGCCAGCAGAUUUAAAUAUGAAAGAAAGGACUUAUCUGCAGAAAAUAAU